AUGACGUCUGUUAUAUAUUCAAUGUCGUUUGCAUUUAAACAAUCGCUAGAAUGCUUUGUGUCACCUCUUACAUCAUCUAAAACAUGAUGUUGUAGAAGAUACUCCCGAAAAGUGUAUGCAAGCGUUAUGACAUCUAAAUUUUCCACUGAGUUUGUCUUAUUAUUGGCGAUGAAUGAAGCAUAACGGCGGUUGUAGUAGUAACAACAACAAUAACAAUGAAAAUAGCCGAAGUCCUCAGGCAAUAAGAUUUAAUAUUUCAAUAAUUCCUAUUAAAUAAAUCCAUUCUCCCUCUAUUUGUUAAAUAUUGACGAGAAAAACAAAAACAAAAAACAAAAACAAAAACGAAAAACACCCACCACCGCAAAAAAAACGAAGAUAUAUAUACAGAAAAGGAAAACAAAAGCAAAAAAGAAAAAAAACUUUGAGUGGAUUUCAGCUAGAAAUAAAAUUACAUAGAUGACUUGGAAUACAUAAAAAUGUAAAUGCAAAUAUUUAGUGAAAAUUUUAUGUUGAAAGUUAUUUAAUAUUAGUUCGGAUUGUAUUUCAUUAUGAAAUAAGUUAUGGAAGAAUAACUUUCGAGAAAUUUUUUUUAAUUGAUAAAUAAAUAGAUGAGGUGAGAUGUAGUUAUGAAAGUACACACGCACACACACACAUACACACACACACGUAAGAACACAAAAACACUUCCACAUCCACAGAAAGAGGAAAUGAAAGUGGAAGGAAAUUAAGAAGAAAAGAACGAAAGAAGUGAAGGAGAGAAUAAAACGAUUCACCCAUUCUCGCACAAAUGUUGAUAUUGAAAUGAUAUUAAGGAAGAAAAGUUAGAAGAUUAAAGCAACCCAAAUCUUCAUCCAGUGACGAAACAAGUAAAGGUUGACCUCCACUUAUGGUUUAUCGCUCGCCGUAUCGUGAAGUAGUACAAGACUUUAAUUGGAGAACAGAAGAUAUGGCCCUGUCUCACACGCUUAAAUUUUGGAGAACGAUAUCUUAUGUUCUGAUCGCAGUUAGCUUGUCGUUAUUAAUUGCGGUGAUUGUAAUCAGCAGUGAAAGAAACUGUUACCCGAGUGAAAAGAAGCCAACUGAGUCCAUGAUAGAGAAAGCUGAGUGGUACAAUGAACUGCUGCCAAAUGAAAUAGAAUUGGUCGUGAAGUUCUUGGAGGAGAGAAGUAAUCUCUCGAUUGUCACUGCAAAGAAAGCUCUUCUCAGUGAUUCAUUUAUUCAUUUUAUCGAGUUGAAAAUGCCAGAUAAAAAAAAUAUUUUACGCUAUCUUAAUGAAGAGACAUAUUUACCAAACCGUGAAGCUAAGGCCGUAAUAUUUCGAGGAAAUGAACCUAUUCCUUGUGUUGAGGAAUAUGUUAUAGGACCUCUUUCGAAUAUUACUUACAUGCAUAAAAUUCGGACCAUCCCAUUUUAUCAACGGCCAAUAACUGUCAUGGAGAUGAAGAACCUGAAGCUUUAUAUUAUAAAAAAAGUUGAAGAUAAAACCAGGGAUUUCUUAUUGAAAGAGUAUGACGCCCUUCCAAUAAGUUGCAUAGCACAUUGUUUGGAAUUUUACAUGUCCCCUGUGCCCGAAGUUCUCGGUAAAUUUAAACGUCGUUUACUCUGGUUAGGGUUUUCUUAUAAAACUAUCUACGAUAUUUCACCUGUAAACUUUCAGUUUGAGGCUGACAUAACUAGUCCAACUCCGUCUGACUGGACUGUCGGUAAAGCUUGGUUUGACAAUAAAAUGUAUGAUAAUCUUACGCAUCUCAUACAGGAUUAUAAUAAAACUUACAACGAAAACACGACUAGAUUUUACCAAAGAACUGUCUUCCAAGAAAAACGUUUCAGUAAUUUCCACAAAUAUGAGCAAAAGGAAGAAUCAUCGGGUGGAAGCGAUUCAAAGAAGUCAUACACAAUAUUAAAACAGUCAACUAUUCAUUAUUUUAAUUGGAAAUUUCAUUUUCAUAUAACUCCGUCGGUUGGCUUACGUAUUCUUAACAUUCGUUAUUGGAACGAACAAAUUGUUUAUGAGAUGAGUCUCCAAGAAAUUGCUGUUUUAUAUUCAGGAUUUAGUCCAGCAGGAAUACUGCUAAAUUUUAUUGAUGGUACAGCCUUAUUUGGUACAAGAAGCAAAGGUCUUAUCGCUGGUGUUGAUUGUCCAAAUCACGCAACCUUUUUGUCUCCUUACAUCUAUUCCUCCAAUGAUGGUGGGAUGAAGAAAAUGGAAAACGCAUUGUGUGUUUUUGACCAGUCCACAAUGGUCCCUCUUAGUCGGCAUAAAUUUACCACAAUGCAUGGAACUUUUUUUGACGCUUUGCUUGACAAAAUUCUUGUUCUAAGAACUGUUGUGACAUUCCUUUCGUACGACUACAUAAUAGAUUAUUUAUUCCAUAAAAAUGGUGCCAUUGAAGUCCAGAUACAUUCUACAGGUAAGCUUUUAGUAACUUCCUACAGCCCCAAUAAAGGUGCAUAUGGGGUACAAAUAAGUAAAACCACCAUUGCUAAUAUACAUAAUCAUUUGUUUCACUACAAAGUUGACUUAGACGUGAAAGGAACAGAAAAUCGAUUUGAAACUUGGAAUUUACAACAGUAUCCAACGCAUGUUCCUUGGGACAGAUUGAUCAAAAAUAAUAAUCACAUUCAGACACGUUUAACUCGUGUUUUAAUUGAAACAGAGACUAAUGCAACGUUUGAUUAUGAAUCAUCGAGUCCGAAAUAUCUGUUGUUUUAUAACAAACUGUCUAACAACGAAUUUGGAAAUCCACGUAGUUAUCGAGUUAUAAUUAACGACGUAUCGAAUCUAUUAUUGCCACGUGAUUACGGAUUUGCAAGGACCGUCAGUUGGGCCUACCACCACAUGAGUGUAACAUCAAGGAAGGAAACUGAAGAGAGAAGUUCUUCAAUAUAUGGCCUGUGGGAUAAUGGUGACCAAGUGGUGAACUUUGCCAACUUUUCAGACGGAGAAUCCAUUUGUGAUAAGGAUUUAGUGGCCUGGAUAACUCUUGGGUUUCACCACAUUCCUCAACUGGAAAAUAUUCCAAGCACGAACACUUUGGGAACAAAAGUCUCUUUUCUCUUGAUGCCAUUUAACUAUUUCGACAAAGACCCGUUGGCAAGCGAGAAGGAUAGAUACUUCUUUCCAGUUGAUGACUGAUGCACAAGAUAGCACACACACACACACACACACACACACACACACACACACACACAGAGCACACACACAUGCAACACACACACACAACGCAUACACAAACACACACACAUGCACAC